GUUUUUAUUUGCCGAGUUCGUUUGCUCGUUCUUCACUUGAAAGGGGGAUGGAUUGCUUUGAUGCUCGGCUGGGCUAUGGCGUCGCUCCUGCGUGUCUUCUAGGUACUCUCGACGUCCAUCCAUGACGGUGCUUGUCUUUCUAGGGUGACGCCCUUCCUUGGGAGCAGGAUUUCCGCAUUGAAACCACGGAAAUGCAAUGUUGCCAGCACUUGGGAUAUUGGAAUCAAGCCGGAAGCAUCGGCACAGUAGAAGAGCAUUGAAGGCAUUGACUCUUUUCACCAGAAAUAGGAGGAGGCGUCGAUCAGAAUGCUUCAGGGAGUAGUAAUUCAUUCAUAGAAUGACAGCAUGGGGGAGUUGUUUCCUUUCUUUGAUCCCUCUAGCAUAGUAGCAGAUCCCUCGUCAUUGCCCACAAUUCAUCCUGCGAACCGAUCGCUCUCCUUGUGGUCUAUGCCGCUUUGUGGUGCCCUUCAGAUGCUGGGAAGCCUAUUUCGAGCCUGAGCUGUGACCUUGACACAGCUAUGGUGAUGGAGAACGGAGUUGGCCACGAGAAUGAGCCAUUUGAAGAGGCAAAUGUGUUGGAUGAGAGUGAAGCAACGCAGGCUGUACAGGUUGCUCUAAACAUAAGACCUCUCAUUCCGUUGGAGCGUGUUCAAGGGUGCAAUGAUUGCAUAACAGUUGUUCCUGGCGAACCACAGGUUCAAAUUGGCCAUCACUCUUUCACAUUUGACUACGUUUUCGGCAGAGCUGCUACACCACUACCAGGAAUCUUUGACAAAUGUGUGAAACCGUUGGUUGAGGGGCUAUUCCACGGCUACAAUGCCACUGUCUUGGCAUACGGACAGACCGGAUCUGGGAAAACAUACACAAUGGGAACGGGUUACACAGUUGGAGGGAGCACUGAAGGUGUCAUCCCCCAAGUUAUGCAGACGAUUUUCAAGAGAAUAGAAACUCUUAAGCACAAGGCCGAUUUUCAGCUUCGGGUUUCAUUUAUUGAGAUAUUGAAGGAGGAAAUUCAUGAUCUACUGGACCCGAAUCCUCCAUCGACUGAGUACAUAUUUGGAGGAGGUCUGAAAGCGCUAGCUGUGGGUAAGCCGCCCAUUCAAAUUCGAGAAACUACCGCUGGAGGAAUCACCUUGAUGGGUGUUACAGAGGCAGAUGUGAAAAGUCUGGAGGAAAUGGCGGCAUACUUGGAACACGGUUCUCUUUCUCGUGCUACUGGAAGCACAAACAUGAAUUCUCACUCCAGUCGAUCGCAUGCGAUAUUCACUAUCACACUUGAGCAGCGUCGCAAAUGGGAUCCACUUCCUGAUGGUGGAAGCCCUUCUCCUGAGGACUGCGGUGAAGAUUAUUUGUGUGCAAAGUUACAUCUUGUAGAUUUAGCUGGUUCAGAAAGGGCUAAGCGAACAGGAGCUGAUGGUCUUCGAUUUAAAGAAGGUGUGCAUAUAAACAGAGGCCUACUAGCACUUGGAAAUGUGAUUAGUGCUUUGGGUGAUGAAAAAAAGCGUAGAGAAGGGGGCCACGUUCCUUACCGAGAUAGCAAGUUAACACGAUUAUUACAAGAUUCUCUUGGAGGCAAUAGCAGAACGGUUAUGAUUGCUUGUGUGAGUCCAGCAGAUGUAAAUGCUGAAGAGUCAAUUAAUACCCUAAAAUAUGCGAACAGGGCUCGCAACAUUCGAAACAAACCUACUGUCAAUCGCGAUCCUCUCGCAGCGGAAAUGCAGCGAAUGAGGCAGCAACUUGAGCUUAUGCAGGCAGAACUCUUGUGCGCGAGGGCAGGAGGACCUUCAAAUACUGAAGUACAGAUGUUGAAGCAAAAGGUUGCCUGGCUGGAAGCCAGCAACAUGGACCUGCGGCGUGAGCUAGAAGAGGCUCGUGAACGUAUUGAUGCAGUUUCUGAAUGUGCUUUAGAAUCACAAGUGGAGCGUGACAAGCUCAGAAUCAAGCUUGAUCAACUUCGAUCUGGAAAAACUUUUCAGGAACUUGAUGAUGGGCUUGACGUACAGACGGAUAAUAUGUUGAAAGAGUACGUAACUAGGAUCCAGGAGUUAGAAUGCGAGCUACAACAAAUGCAGCACGCUAGAGUCCCGUUUUAUACUCCCCCAAGGCCUCCCUCUUCAACCUCAUCUCGAAGCAGAGGGGAGAGUACAGCCGGACCAGGCUUUGGUGUUGCAGGCAUUGACGGAGAUAUUUAUUUACGCACUGGUGAAUUUUCUGGGGAAAUUAAUACCGAAUCGCUUUUAAAUGAGUUUAAACGCACGUCGGGGCAAGGGAACCUUGACAAGCAGUUGCGGGAACUAGAUAAACGCCUUGAGCGAAAACAGAUCAAACUAUUUGUACGUCCUGAUGGAGUAUCUGCGAAGCAACACUUGGAGAAAAAAAUGACGGAACUGGAAGAGGACAAGAACUACUUGCAGACGGAGAGGGACAAUUUACUGGUGGAACUUGAAAGUAACGCGCAAUCCUCAGAUAAAAAUACGCAGAAGUUUCAAGAAGCUCGUUUGCAUAAAUUAAAGUCACUUAAGGUUCAGAUUGCAGCCCUGAAUAAUAAACAGGAAGCCUGGUCGCAGUACCUUCGUCAACAGCAAUGCAGUGAUGGAGAUGGCAAGCGGAAGUCUAAGGAGACGCAUGAGGAAAAUGAACCUCAAGAGCUGCAAAUGUGGAGUAUAACCACUGGAUUGAAGGGUUUCUUUCAGGAAUUCAUGCCGAGGAAUCUUCUGUAUAGUAGGGGCAGCUUUGCAGAGCAGCUGAAAACAUUAGCUGGAUCAGAGACUGGGUUUCUAGUGUUCGGUCUGCUUUAAAACAGAGUACGUGACUCCAGAAGCCUAUAGCUUGCGAAGAUGAGUCAGCAUCAAGGUUGUAUCUUCCUGAUGAGGAGUUCAUACCAGCUUCCGUGCUCUAGCAUCUUCUUAAAAGAGGGGAGUCUAAUUUGGAUAUUCAAUUGUGACCUUUCGACUAGCAUUAAGGAAGAGGAUGUAGAACGGUCAUGUCCGAUGUACUGUGUUUUUGUCAACAACUGCUUCUGGAGCCACGUCAAAGCCUCGAUUGGUUGCUACUAUGGAUGUGAUUGAAGCAAUGUCUUUGGGUUGUACAGUGGGGCAUCUAGAAUGGUAGGCUCGCAACCAUUAGUUGCACGGUUUAGUGGUAAUCAAAUUUCGGCAGCAGUGUUGCUCUAAUGUCGUAAGUAAGCCAUCCAUGCUCUUAUGAAGCGACAUGCCAGGGCUGAAUGAGAAAUCAUUAUAUGAAAUGUGUACGCAAGAAUACUCUGUUGAAUAGCGUUGAAGCUGGUGAUUGAAUGAACCUGCCCUUUCCCAGCUCUAAAAUUUUCACGAUAUUUCAAAGAUGAACCUAGCUUUUUGGUGAUUGAUUGUCCUCCUCUGCUUAGUAUACACCAAAUAGGUUGUACCUGUUAUUAAUCAACAUUCGAGCAAGUUCUGGGAUAAAAUGAGUUCAGCUUCGACAUCUGAACUGUCAGCUGUAGUUUGAUAUUCUACAUAUGAAAUGCACAGAGAAUUGGCCGGCA